UCAUCGCCGUGCCGCGCGACAGACACACGUGCGUCUCCCAUGACAAAUCGCGGCGUUUGAAACGAUCGAACGCACCCCAAUUUUUAUCUUACCAGUGACAGAGAGGGCAACCUCUCUAAGUAAAUCUAUCAAAAUAGCUUCUCAAGUGGAAAUGCCGUCGAGCCUGUUCGGGGACUUGGGUGGCGGAGGUGGGCUGGUGGAGGACCAGCGCGCGUUCCAGCUGGCGCUGGAGCUGAGCAUGCUGAGCCUGGGCGAGAGCCUGCCGCCGAGCACCGCGCUGCCCAGCCCGCUGGGCUUCGCGCCGCCGCCCGAGGACCGCGCCAAGAAGUCGCAGAACAUGACGGAGUGCGUGCCGGUGCCUUCCUCCGAGCACGUCGCCGAGAUCGUCGGCCGCCAAGGUUGCAAGAUCAAAGCGCUUCGCGCAAAAACCAACACAUACAUCAAGACGCCGGUCCGCGGCGAGGAGCCGGUGUUCGUGGUCACCGGCCGCAAGGAGGACGUCGCGCGCGCCAAGCGCGAGAUCCUCUCGGCGGCCGAGCACUUCUCUCAGAUCCGCGCGUCGCGCAAGUGUGGCGCGGCCCCGCCGCCCCCGCCGGCGGCGCCCGGACACGUCACGGCGCAGGUGCGCGUGCCCUACCGCGUCGUGGGGCUCGUCGUGGGCCCCAAGGGCGCCACCAUCAAGCGUAUCCAGCACCACACGCACACGUACAUCGUGACACCGUCGCGCGAGCGCGAGCCCGUGUUUGAGGUGACGGGCCUGCCCGAGAGCGUGGAGGCGGCGCGCAAGGAGAUCGAGGCGCACAUCGCGCUGCGCACAGGAGCCGCCGGAGCAGCCGGCGCCGGCGUGCCCGCCACUACAGACAGCGAGCCGCUGGCCACGCUGUACCGCGCCGGGCUGGCGUCGCUGCUGCGGCCGGAGCAGGAGGCCGCCUUCUCUUCGGCUGGCUCGUGCUCUUCGGGAGGCUCGUCAGCGCGGCUGGGCGACCUGCUGGGCAUCUGGUCAUCCACAGAACGUGACGAGGGGCUGGGUGAAUCGCCAUCGUUCGAGUCGCCGGGCGGUGGCACGGCGGGCGUGUGGGCGUGGGGCCCGACUAGGCCGUCGCCAGCAGCCUCACCGGCGCGGGCCUGCGCCGUGUGCGCCGAGCGCGGCGUGGCGGCGGCGCUGGUGCCGUGCGGCCACAACCUGUUCUGCCUGGAGUGCGCGCAGCGGCUGGCGGGCACGGGCGCGCCCUGCCCCGCCUGCUCGGCGCCGGCGCACCAGGCCAUCCGCAUCAUCUCGUAAGGAGGUUGCUCUCCGCCGCCGGCGGCCGCCGCAACCGCGAGUCGUACGUUCUCGUAGUAGGGAUCUUUUUUACUCGAAUCGUUAUAAAAAAAUAUUAAAAGAAGUAAAAAUCGCGUAAUCGAAAUCCUGGUGCCAAAAGUCGGCGCCUCGCCGGCACGGCCCGUCCGCCGCGCCGUACCUAUCUUAAGUCGGCAGAGUUGUUCACGAUAUAUUUUCUUAUUAUGAACGUUUUUUAUUAGGUCGUCGAGCGCACGCCGCGCUCUUCGCCGCAGAGAGAGUCGAAGUACGUUACGAUAGAA